AAGGGAGUUCCCGCAGGGUAGAAAAGUCUCUCCUUUCCCUACCAACCAUACAUCAUUCGUCCCGCCCGUCUUGUCCUUUCCCGUGGAACCCGCACCAGGCAGGACCGAGACCGCUCCCUACUUAGAACCCGCCCAACCCCGACCUUCCCGACCUUUGGAGUCGGUCGGCUUUGCUCAAGGUUCAAACAACAACCUUGACACAUCGUCGCUGGUCCUGCUUUGGACUGAACUAGGCGACCUGCCCACCAGCACCGACCAGCAGCCGACUGCCUUUUCGACUGGCCUCUGACACCUCCAACGCCUCGUUAUCGUCGUCACUUGUUGUCUUUGCUGUUGUUGUCGUCGUCGUCCUCCAUCUCUGCCUUGUCUGCGCCUGACCACUUGGUCAAAUCUCCACCUGGCUUGCUCAGCAUUCCUCUGCUGAGAACGUAGGCUCGGCAUCCGUAGCCGCGCGAGACAACAAACAUUUCCGGGAAAGAAAUUGCACAAGGCGACAUCCGACCAAGGUUCCUCCCGUACAUGGUGCGUGCCGUCACAGAGUUUAGCCACCUGCAGAAUCUACUCUGGGCAGGCACAUCCACCACGCUCCAUCCCGCCUGCCACUUGCUGUGGGGCCCGUCUCUUUAAAACCCGGCCCGCCGCGCCCUUUCAGCCAGCCCGUCUUCUUGCUCUUCCUGGCCACUCACUCUCCCAUCACUUCAGCCUCUCCCACCACUCAACUCAAGCCUUGACCCGCACCUGGGUCACUGUCGACACUCACCUUCCAGAGGUCCAGCAACAGGGCCACUACAGAGCAACCAUGGCCGACGACAGGAGGGAUCGAUUUCCUCCCCCUCCUCCUCCUCCUCCUCCUCCCCCUCCCCGUGGGCAGUACAACAACCAAUACCCGCCACCUCCCAUCGAGGAGGAGGACCGCCAGAGCCGCGUGAUUAGAGAUCCCCGCGACCUGCGUGACGUCCCCAACGCCGUCACUCUGCCGUCAAUCCAGGACUACCCUCCGAGCGGUCCCUCUAGAGGUCCGCCGCCUGCUCUAGAGCCGGGCGCGAGGGGAUCGUACUCUGUCUCUCCAGACCAGGGUGCCUAUCCGCCGCCUCGUCCAACCUACAGCCUCCCUCCCGUGCAGUCCCUGGCCGAUGGCCGUGCAUUCGAUAACAGGGCACCUGAUUCCCGUGGACCGCCGCCGCCGCCGCCGCCACCGCCGCAGCAGGACCCGAGGCAACCCAUGGCAUACCGCCCGGUGCCACCCCCAGACCCCAAUGCAUACUACCGUGGACCACCACCCGGGCCGCCUCCUCCGCCCUACGUCCAGGACCCGUACCAGCAGCAGUACGCCGCCUACCCUCAGCCGCAGGUUGGCAUCAUGGGCUACGACUACAGGACCGGCCCUGGCAUGCAGCAGCAGCAGGCGAGCGCGCCGAGGCAGCGCACAUCCAUCGCAUGCAGGUACUGCAGGAAGCGCAAGAUCCGUUGCAGUGGUUACCAGACCACAGCCGACGGAAAAUGUCUCAACUGCAAGAAGACAGGCAACGAGUGCGUGUUCCAGCCCGUUAGCUCGGGCUCGACCGCCUUCGUCCCAGUCCAGGCUAUUCAGGGCGGCGUCAUCGCCCCGGGCACUCAACUGUUUGGAGCCUUUGGACAGCCUCUCCCCAUGGGCGCCCAGGGACCCCCGAUGCCGAUGCAAAUGCAAAUGCAAAUGCCUGGCCAAGGACCCCCGCCGCGCCACACGCCUCCCCAACUUCCCCUGCCCUCGCCCACCGGAAGCUACUACGAGGAACGUGUCGAGACGGGCAGGAGGAGGCCCCGCGGACCCGAGGACGACCACCACGGCCCCAGGCUGCCGCCUCCGCACCCAGGCCAGAUCGAGGAGGACCCGCGCCGCCGGUCUCCCGCCUCGCCCCAGAGCGCCUCUCCGCCGAGUCUGUACCAGGCGCCGUACCCGCCGCGUCCCGCGAGCAACACACCGCCGACUGCUGCUCCCUACCCGACGGCCGAGAGGCCAACCACCUAUCCGCCGCGCCUCGAGAGCCCGCCUGCGCCCCCGACCGCCGGACCCAGCACGUCUUCCACCUCAUCCUCGGUUAUGAGUCUGGGAAAUCUGAUGGACAACGCGCCGCCGCGCACGGCCCCUGGCAGCAGCAACGGAGAGUCGCGUGACAACAUCGAUAACUUUAUGCUUGGUCGCCUCGGCAGACGCUCCUAAACGGCCCAACCAAGGCAUUGCCCACCGCGGUGGGCUUGCCAAGGGCCCCAAUUCCGCUCCUCCCCAUGCCCGGGACGCGACGGGUCCUCAUCUGACGAACAUGAUUCUUUCUUUACAUUUCCCCACACAAGUGUAGUGCGGGAGGGCUAAUGGAUAAUCUCCUUGACACUGGCGACUUGUACUUUUCUUUCUUUGCUUCGCUUUGGCUGCGACGCAUCCGUCUUGCCCGUCACGUUCGGCUUGGCCGGCGACGGGCCUCUCAAGGCUGGGAUGCCUAGCCUUGCGACGAAAUUGCAGGGUACACAAGAGACGGCCUCCACUAAUAUGGGGUCGGUGGGAACUGGUCAAAAUUGGGUCCGCGUUUUCUUUUUAUCCUCCACUGCUUCGCCUUUUUACAUCCGCUGCGCAAUUUCCUUCUGCACAUCUAUGAUUCCCUCCAAUCUGCACGGGUUUUCCCUGGUUCUAGCCAGUGAGCGGUCAUAGUCCUGUUUCUUGAGCCUCGUUUUUUUUAUUGCCCCCGAUUACGUAUCUACUUUACUUGCACGAUUUCCUUUUUCUUCCUCCCCGCGCCCGAGCUCGAGGUACACGAGGCGGGGUGGCUAAGAGUUUGUAUUGAUGCCUCACGGCGAAGUCUGGACGUCUACUCUUCUUUUUCUUGGUACUCAUUUCAUUGCUCGUGUUCCCAGGCAACAAAAACACUCUUUGUUCUGGCUGGUGGGGUGGUGAUGGUGGGCGGACAAACAAAUGAAUUUCAAUCCUCGACCCAGCUGGCUUUUUCUCUCCUUUUCCUUGUCCAUGACUUGCCUUGUUACGCUUCCUCAUUGCCGUCCUCGGUGUCCUUUCUUUGGAUGGGAUGGGCGUGUGUGUGGCCCCCCCCCCCCCCCCCC